GCGGAACGAAAGCUGACUCGCGCUCACUGCCGGAACUUAACAGCGCGACACCAAACAGAAGUAAACAAAAGUAAGUGCACGUAGCCGGAAGGAGCUAUGAAAUUAGCUGGAAGGCGGCGGUGUGGAUGUAUCCCAUGUUAAAUAUUUCAGUUGUAAAGAAGCAGCGAUGUCUUCGGUUCAGUAUCUGAAAGAGUUCAUCAACCAGCGACUAACUGCUGCUGCUGAGGAGAUAUUCAGAGUCUUUGAAAAAACCAUCGUCGAGUACGAAGAAGAGGUCGACCGUCAGCGCAGACUGCUGGACAAGUUACACGGGACAGAUCUCCCACAGCAGCAUGUCUGUAAGGAGGAGGAGGUUCUCACUGACCAGCAGCUCUGUAACCAGGAGAGGAACUCCAGUCUGGACCAAGAGGACCCAGAACCACUACAGAUUAAAGAGGAACAGGAGGAAAUCUGCACCAGUCAGGAGGGAGAGCAGCUUGUACUGAAGCAGGAGAUUGAUACCUUUAUGUUGACUUCUGAUGAUGAGGAAACUGACCACAGUGAACCAGAACCAGGCAGUGACCACCAGCUCCUCUCUCACAGCUCUCCUGUAGCUGAGAGUCAAGAUCAGAGAGGAAGCAAACAUGAGGACUCAGGAUCAACUAGAAAUACAGAACCAAAGCCACAGAGGAGACGACGCAAAAACAGCAGUGACAGUGAUAAUGAAUACAACUCUCCCAUGUCAAAGAGUGACUCUAAUACUCAGAGAAGUGAAAGGCCUUUCAAAUGUGACACUUGUGGAAAAGCUUUUAAGAUUCAGUCCAGAUUGAAUCGGCAUCUGAGAGUCCACUCAGAUGAGAAACCAUAUUCCUGUGAAACUUGUGAGAAAAGUUUUAGAUACAGUCGUAACUUGUCAGCCCACAUGAGAACCCAUUCAGGUGAGAAGCCGUACUCCUGUGACACAUGCUGGAAAAAAUUUGGUAAUAUUUCAGCCUUGAAAAGGCACAUGAGAACUCACACAGGUGAGAGGCCAUAUUCCUGUGAAACAUGUGGGAAAGGUUUUAUUGACACAACAGCACUGAAAGUGCAUAUGAGAACUCACACAGGUGAGAAACCAUAUUCUUGUGAGACAUGUGGGAAAAGUUUUGUGUCUAGUGGUGAUUUGACAGUCCACAUAAGAACCCAUACAGGUGAGAAACCAUACCCAUGCAACACGUGUGAGAAAAGAUUUAGUGAUAAGUCAGCAUUGAGACAGCACGUGAGAACGCACACAGGUGAGAAACCAUACCCCUGCUACACCUGUGGGAAAGCAUUCUGUCAGUCAUCAGAUUUGAGAAAGCAUUUAAAAACUCACGUAGGUCAGAACUGUAUAUUUACAAAAGACGAGGGAGAGCUUUCAGACUGAGCAGUUUACUGGUGACCCACAGUGGUGCAAAGUCAAAUCACUGCUACGCCUGAGAGAAAAGAUACAUUGGCGUCUCAGUAGAGAAGAUACAGUAUGUGCAGGCGUCUAGCUUUGUGUUUGCCAAAUAUGUGGGGAAACAUUCAGUUUUAGUGGCUCAAGGACAAAAACACAGGGACCAACAGAAGAGCUUCUUAGUUGCAGCUCUUGUGGGAAAAGAUUUAUGACUGAAUCAGUAUACACAGGAGAAACCAUCAGCAUGAAACUGGAGUGAAGCUCUUGAAUGAAUCACACUUUAACAGUAGCUACAUCUCUUUAAUUUAAGAGGUCUUACUUUAACAUAGUGCAUUGCCAACAAUACCUUCAGGUUCUUUUAAACUACCUUCAUUUUUCACUUCAUAUGACUGCAUUACUCACAUUUAUGUUUACAUUAUUUCUUUGACACUUGUACUGUAGUCUCCCAAUCCUUGACUUCAGUCUCAAGUGGUUUUUAUUUUACUGUUGUAUACAUUACCUGUUAUAUGACUGCCUUGUCAACUCUGAUGUUGAAGCUGAGAAAGUCUUUUCUCUAGAACAUGUUCUAAAAAACGCUUUCAGGCUUCAAAAGUUAAACACACACACACACAGUUGUAACAGAUGAUGUGUGUGUGAAGGAUUUUUUCUAACCUUGAGUGUGUUUUAAUAUUUUCUAGGCUUUAUACUCACUGUAAUGACUGAGAUCAUAAAAACCUCCAUAGUGAAUUACAGUGGACUACUGUUGAGCCCAAACAAUGAUUGAUAGUGGACAUCUGGAGAAAUUUCCCCUCCGUUGCUGUGGUAACCAAAGUCAUACAGAUAAGGAUGCAGUCAAAGACAUAAACUUAGACAGCACUGUCCAAAUCCAGUUUCGGUCAAGGACAAGAUACAGAUGACGGUAAUAAGGUAAGAAUGUGAUGGUGAGAUUUGAGUAACCAGUAAGGUGCUGACUGAAUUUUAUUCAUUUAUUUUAGAUAGUUUGCUUUAUUUUUUGUCAGUGCAACAGUAGAAUAUCACUAUGGGCGUCUCGCACGUUCAACUAUGUAGGCAGGUAUAGGGCCAGCAUGCACCGGGUAGGACCUAUGGGUGUUUUUCAUCAGUGCAAGAGGCAGGAUUCUUUGGUUUGUUCUCUUGAAACAACCAAUAAAUCAACAAAAACCACAGAUGUUGUUUGGAGAAUGAACUUCUUUUGCCUGUAUACAUGACACACCCACGGUGCAUCAGUGGCUCUUUGAUUUUUUUGAGUUUGAAUCGUUUUGACUAAUGGCCACCAGAGAUAAAGUCUGGAAAAGUGCUGCAACCAUGUGACAACUGGAGUUAUAUCUGAGAGAGUUUUGGUGUAACACUACUCUGGCACACUUGGCACUGUAUCAUGUAUAAUUAGUAUGUUUUAUAAAAGAUUCUAUAGAAAUAAACG